GUUUCAUUCAUCAAAUCAAAACAACCGUGAAUUUAAGAGUUAAAAGCGGUUACAAUGUGUUUUAAAGCCGGAAAUUGUAACUGAUAAUGAAUUUGAUCAUAAUUAUGCUUAGGAUUUUGUGAAUAUACAAUACUGUGUUUUUAGUGAUAAAGUGAAUAUGGAGGUAUUAAACUGUAGUCUCAUUUUAAUCUCAUUGUGUGUUUUGUUAUGGGGUGUGGCAGGCCAAUAUGAAUGGCAAAUACGUGAUGCGUUUGAUGAAAUCCGAGGAAAAAUGGACAAAGUCAAUGAAGACAACUGCUACAUCACCCAUUUGGAUGAUCUAUUCCUUCCAAAAGAUUCAGUUUCCCAUCAUCCGGAUGUAAAAGAAAUAAAUAUCAACCCUAUAUUCCCUAAUCGUACAGCCUUGUUACAUUUGCAUAACAUGGCUAUGAAUAGGGCGUUUUUCUGGAGUUAUAUCCUCCAAUCUAGAUUCAUACGCCCCGCCAUUAACGACACUUACGAUCCAGGAAUGAUGUAUUACUUCUUAUCAUCUGUAGCCGAUGUUUCAGCAAACCCGUAUAUUAACGCCAGUUCCAUAUACUUCUCACCCAAUAUGUCUUAUACUUCUUCCUACCGAGGAUUCUUCAACAAGACUAUGCCCAGAUUCGCGCCGAGAGCUUUCCGAGCCGACGACUUCAAUGAUCCCGUACAUUUACAAAAGAUAUCGACAUUAAACACAUUCUUCGUAGAAGAUUUGGGUGCAUUCGAUCCCGAGAGCCUCUCUAAGGAUUACACGUCAGAUUUCUAUAGAACAAACGAGUGGUAUUCUCUGUGGUUGCCGGACAAAGUCAAUAAGAGACAUGAUACAAAGACUACUUAUCAAGUAGAGAUCAGAUACGCUAAUAACACUAACGAAACAUUUACAUUCCACGGACCACCGGGAAAUGACGAGGAUCCGGGGCCAGUGAAUUGGACGAAACCAUACUUUGAUUGCGGCAGGCUCAAUAAAUGGCUGGUUGGAGCAGUGUCUCCCAUUGCUGAUAUUUAUCCUCGGCACACACAGUUCAGGCACAUUGAAUUUCCAUUAUACACAGCAACUGUAGUUAUGGAGAUCGAUUAUGACCGGAUAGACAUCAACCAGUGUCCCACAGGUCCAGGGAAUCAGGGACCUAAUAGGUUCGCCUCAACCGACAGGUGUAAGAACGAAACGACAGAGUGCGAGCCGAUACACGGGUUCGGCUUCCGUCGUGGCGGCUAUCAGUGUCGGUGCAAGCCGGGCUACCGUCUCCCCGGCGUCGUUAGGAGACCCUACCUCGGAGAGAUCGUGGAGAGAGCCACCGCUGAUCAAUAUUACAACAAUUUUGACUGUCUGGAGAUCGGAUGGAUCCAACGCCUGCCGGUUCAGUGGGAGCGAGCUCAUCCCAUACUGCGAGCUCUGUACAUGGACCGCUACUACGAGUACGUGAACACGACGCCCGGCCGCGACUCCCUGCACGCGGAGAGGGUCAACGUGUACGACGUGCUGAAUUAUAUACGAGGCGUCCAGCCGCAUAAUUGUUCGCUGUAUAACCCGACGGAUCUGUUUCUCAAUGGGGACAUAGCUUUUGGUGCGGAGGAACAGUUUGAGAACCAGGCCAAAAUGGCCGUUAGGUUGGCCAACUUCAUCAGUGCCUUUUUACAAGUAUCGGAUCCUAAGGAAGUGUUCAGCGGCACCAGGGUGGCCGACAAACCUCUGACAGAAGAUCAAAUGUUAGGAGAAACACUCGCACUGGUUUUGGGUGACUCCAAGGUUUGGUCAGCAGGUACAUAUUGGGAUAGGAAUAAAUUCACCAACCGGACGUUCUUCGCACCAUUCGCAUACAAGACCGAGUUGAAUACAAGGAAGUUUAAGUUGGAGGAUUUAGCGAGAAUCAAUAAAACGGAGGAUUUGUACACGAACAAACCGUGGUUCCAAUUCCUUAAACAGCGCUGGUCCAAUAACUUCGACAAUCUGGAGAAAUAUUUCCUCAAAAUGAAGAUACGUAAUGACGAAGUCGGCAAAUAUUUGAAACAGUACGAGAGGUACCCCACGUACUACCGAGCGGCCAGCAUCAAGCACGGACACUGGACCCAGCCCUACUACGAUUGUGACGGACAUCUGAAGCAAUGGGUGGUGACAUACGCCGCGCCGUUCUUUGGCUGGGAUAACGUUAAAGUGAAAUUGGAAUUCAAAGGGGUGGUAGCGGUUACGAUGUCUUUAAUGCAGCUAGACAUCAAUCAAUGCCCGGACAAGUAUUACGUCCCCAAUGCUUUUAAGAGCACAGACAAAUGUGACAGGAGCUCCUCAUAUUGCGUUCCGAUACAAGGUCGCGGCUUCGAAGCCGGCGGCUACAAGUGCGAGUGUCUCCAGGGCUUCGAAUAUCCUUUCGAGGACCAGACCACGUACUACGACGGUCAGAUCGUGGAGGCCGAGUUCCAAAACAUCAUAGAGGACAAACAGACGAGAAUCGACAUGUUCAAAUGCAGGCUGGCCGGGGGCAGUGCGGUCAGGGCUGAUCUGGUUCUCAUCAUGGCUCUGGCCAUGUUUAUUUGGUGGAGAUGAAGUGUCUCGUAUGAUGAAUGUCUAUUGAGAAUCCUCAGUUUCAAACAUUAUUCAAAUAUUUUAAACUAUAACGGAAUAUAAUUAGUGUUUUUUUAUUAGAUUUUUGUACAGAAAUUUAUAUUACUGAUCUGACCAAUAGCGUUGUGUGAACGAUGUUUUCGUAACAUUUGUAUGUUUUAAUUGAAUGUUUUAUCUAUAUUGUAACAAGGUUAUGUUAAUGGGAUCUUCAUAUGUAAGAGGUAAAAUGUAAUGUAUGUCAGACAUAUCUAGUACAAAUGGAAUUUUAAACUGAUUAACGAUAUGUGAAAGAGCAUAUCAUAUUGUACAAUCGCCAUAGAAUAAAUUGUAUAACAAACCAACAUCGUCUAAUAUUACCUUCACACUCUCGCCUCGUACCUCGUCUUGAGUUCCGUCUCGUAUCACAGCACCUCCGGACGCGAGCGCUGCGAGGCGCGAGACAAGACGCGAGCGACUAUUUACACUCUCACUUUGUACUUAGCUGGCGAUUCUUACGCGAGUGUAAAUCUACUAUUACAGUCUUAUAGUAAAAUUUAUAUAAAUAUAAUAUAGAAAUGUUAUUUAUCUGUGGUUCUGAUAAAUUAUGACAUGCAAUUAAUUAAAAUUAUACUUAAAAUUGCAAACAGAAAUUGAACAACAGUUCUAAGAUCGAUAACAAUAUUAUUUUUGUGCUUAUUUAAGUCCAGUAACAUUUUUAACUUUUUUAAUGGACUUUUAAAUAAGGUUUAUAGAAUAAGUUGUUUAUAUAUGAAUCCAAGGUCAGCUAAUUAAGACAUUGUGUUUUGUUUAUAAGUAAAUUGAGUCUUAUAUUAGUUCACCCAGGGUACCUUAUCAUUGCUGUGUGUUUUUCAAUGUUUAAUUUUAAUGCAGAAUUCAAUACUAUUAGAUUCACCACACUAGUGUUAAUUUAUACACGUGUGGAACAUGACUGACUUUUGUCAAAUCAAUUCUCACCUUGUCUUGUAUUAAUUUUGUUUGUUAGAUUUUUAUAUGAAAGCAAAAUAAUUAGAAAGAAUACUGGACAUAUAUGUAUAUAUAUAUAUAUAUAUAUAAUAUAAUUAUUUUCUGAACAUAAAAAAUAUGUAUUCUAUAUGUUGCACAUAUUUUUGGUUACUUAAUGUUUUUACCUGAUUCACAUGCAUUUAUAAUCUGAAGACGAAAUUAUUGUAUAAAUUGUCUUAAGAUCUAUCAUAGGAUAUAUAGUGUAGGUGAUAGUUAUGUUUUUACUUCUCACAGGUUUUAUUCAUAGGUAAUUUUUUUAAAACUAUAUAUAUAUAAAAAAACAAUUGUAUUGUUUUAUACUAAUGCUUUAUAUUAAAUUAUACAUUCCAUAUAUCAUGUACAGAGUAAUAAUGUGCCGUCCAUUUUAUGUGCCUUUUAUAGUUUUUUUAUUAAAUCUCACGUAAACUA